AACACACACAGCUUCGAAGUUUACUUCAUCUCCAAGCAGAUUAUUAGUUUCACAAUCUCUGACACAUCCCCAACCAAAAUUCUUAUUCUCUCUCUCUCUCUCUCUCUAGGUUACGGUUAAAUCACUCUGAAUGGUUCAACAAACAGAUUCCAAGUUUAGCGAAUACGUUCUGGCAAAUUCAGAAACCAGCUUUACCAAACAUGAUAACAAGACAUCUUUGAGAGAUCUACAAAAUGAGGUUCCAAAAUUAGAUGGAGGCUCUCUUUCGAAAGAAAAUGGACCUGAUGUUAAGGUUUCUGGCAUCAAAAGACCCCAACCAGAGUCUACAAUGACGUCUACUUGCCAACAAUCGUCUUCCACCAGUAGCGGGCCUCUUGUCUAUGUACGCAGGAAGACAGAACCAGAACAACAUAAAAACAGCGCCACUGAUAAAGCAAAUGAUCAACCUAGCCGACUACAUGAAAAUGAUGGGAAGAAUAAUGGGCAAAAUUCAGUGAACGAUUCUACUAUGUUAUGUAUUCGCAACGAUAUUUCAGAGCCAAAGACUUGUGGAGGCAUGUUAUCUACAGUUCCUUUAGCCACACUUGAUUCUGGAAAGUCCAAUAUCACCUCACAUGUAGCGGAUUCUAUUCGUCUUCAAGUGGACAAUUCAAAGGGAUUAGGCAUUCACCUUUGGGAAGAGCGAAAAAUUCGAUUGCAGAAUUUGUUAAAGGUCUUGGAUCUUUCUAAUCAAGAUGAAUAUUGCCAGAUGCUCCGAUCUCUCUCCUCGGUUGGCCUUAGCAAAGUUGCAGUUGAAUUAGAGAAAAGAGCAAUCAAGCUCUCUGUAGAUGAAGCAAAAGAGGUGCAGCGGGCAAAACAUAUGGAUAUGCUGGAUAAAUUUCCAACUAGUCGAUGAAGUCAAACAAUACGGUCAACUAACUGAACCCCGAGUUUAUAAUCUUCCCAAUCUUAAUCCAUUGUAUAAUUCUGGUUAGCUCUUCCUGCGCCCGUUUAACUUGACCGAUUAUGUCGUUAAACUUCUGUUUCUGUAGCUGAAAAUAAGUCAGAUGCAAUUGUUAAUAGUUACCGUCUUUUCAUUUUUUUUUUCAUUU